AUGAAUGAUUUCCCACUCCUCGACGGCAAUUCGAAAGGCGUAUCAGAGCUCGAGAGGAUGUCACAGCUGAGCUGCAAGGGCAAUACUCGAUUCCCAGCCUUGACUUACAUGAACCGUUCGCUCUCCAUUCGCUCGAAUAAGGGAAAUGCCGCGGUAGGGCAGCCGAUACCGGCAUCUUCGCCUGUACCGCGACGCAACAAGGGAUUCUCGUUCGCGUCUUUACGCGGCUCGAUUCAGCCUGAGCUGUCGCGGCGGCUGUACCAGCUUAUCAAGUCAACCAACAGCCUGGUAUCGGCGCAUGAGGCGGCGGGACGCGAGCGCGAGGUUGUGGCGAGGCAACUGUCGGAAUGGGGCGAGCAGACGCGUGACGACGCCGUCUCCGACAUCAGUGACAAGGUGGGUGUCGUGCUGUCUGAGCUCGGCGCCCAAGAGGAAGCUUAUGCCCAUACGCUCGAUGAGGCGCGCGGCCUUCUCAAAACCAUUCGCAAUACCGAGAGGAGUGUCCAACCCAGCCGCGACGCGAAAAGCAAGAUUGCAGACGAGAUACAGAGGCUCAAGCUCAGGGAUUCUCAGAGCGCGCGCCUUGUCGUUCUGGAGCAGGAGCUAGUCAGGGCGGAGGCGGAGAAUUUGGUUGCUGAGGCCCAGCUGACAAAUGUUACCCGUAAUAAGCUGAAAGAAGCCUACGACAUGGAAUUUGUCGCCGUCAUCGAGCGCGCAGAAAAGCAGAUCCUCCUCGCCAGACACGGCCGUCGUCUACUCGACCUCUUGGAUGACUCGCCUGUGACACCGGGCGACCCGAGGCGCGUUUACCAGAACAGAACGGCCUCGCGGCAGGUACUCAAUGACGCGGAGGAUGACCUCAAGAGCUGGGAAGUGCAUGCUGGCGGCCUCGACUCAGACGGAGACGGCGCUAUCGGGAUUGUCGCGGCUGGGCACGGUGAUAGGGGGCCAGGAGGGGGCGAGGCGUCUAUGAUGUCCGGUGCCAUUCGCUGGCCAUCUGCUGAUGAGGGCAAACCGGGCUCUCGAGGAGCAUCUGACGAGAGCCCCAUCCUCAACGGUGCCGAGCCGCUGGACAUCUACGAUGUUGUAUGCGUCGGCGGUGGGCCUGCGGGCCUAAGUCUGCUCACCGCGCUCCGGUCGAACCCCACCACUGCUGGCUUACGCGUCGCCCUUGUUGAGGCCCAGGACCUAGCCAAGACCCGCGCCUGGCAGAUGCCGCACGACCGGUACUCAAACCGGUGCAGCUCGCUAACGCCUAAAUCUGUACGCUUCCUCGCCUCGAUCGGCGUGUGGGACCACAUGCAGCGGGCCAGGGUACAGCCGUACCACGAGAUGCAGGUCUGGGAUGGCGUCACAGAUGCGAGGAUCGAGUUCGAGUGGGCAUCUAGCACACAGGCGACGGGAAGGGACGGGGAUGGAGCGGAUGUCGAGGCCAUCGCGUAUAUGGUGGAGAACCUGAACCUGACGUUUGGGUUGAUGCGCCAGCUGCACGAGCUAGGUGGCGUGUCGGUAAUUGAUAAAGCUAAGGUCACGGAUAUCGUGCUUGGAGAGGAGACCGAAAGUGUGGACCUUCGUGAGUGGCCGAUAGUCCGCCUCGAUGACGGAAAGCAGCUUGCUGCGCGGCUGCUCGUAGGUGCCGAUGGUCCUAACAGUCCCGUGCGGACGUUUGCGGGGAUCGAGAGCAGGGGGUGGGACUACGAGCGACAUGGCGUCGUAGCGACAUUGGAGCUUGAGGGUGCCGGCUGGGGCGGAGACGCGACGAAGGUUGCGUAUCAGAGAUUUCUGCCAACAGGUCCCGUCGCCAUGCUACCCCUACCGGGGAACUACUCGACCCUCGUCUGGUCGACGACGCCCUCGAAUGCUGCGGUGCUAAAGAGUCUUUCGGCGCGCGACUUAGUCGCGCUCGUCAACGCAGCUUUCCGGCUCAGGCCCGUAGACCUCGAAUUCAUGCACACGCUAGGCUCGGGCCAGGAAGAGGAGCUGUCGUGGAGGCUGCAGCACACGACCUUUGACCACCAUGUUAUACCACAGAUGGUGGUGGGUGUUCAGGAUGGCACAGUGGCCUCGUUUCCGCUAAAGAUGCGGCACGCGGACACAUACAUUGGCGAGCGGGUGGCGCUCGUAGGCGACGCGGCCCACACGAUCCACCCGCUCGCUGGGCAGGGACUGAACCAGGGUCAAGGCGACGUCGAGAGCCUGGCGCGGACGAUCGAGUACGCGGUGGCGCACGGCCAAGAUAUCGGCUCUCGCAUGUCCCUUGAGCCGUACAGCGCAGAGCGGUACAGGCCGAACCACGUCCUCCUGGGAGUGUGCGACAAGAUGAGCAAGAUCUAUUCCGUCGGCAGCGGUCCCUUGGUCCCUCUGAGGACGCUGGGGCUCAAUGCGAUCAACGCCAUGGGGCCCGUAAAGCGCUUCAUGAUGGAACAAGCAGCGGGCAACGGAAUUAAACUAUUCUAA